AUGUACACACCUAUCCCUGCUAAUACCCCUGCUCCCACUGCUCCAACUUCAUCGAUGACGUCCAACUCUUCAUCCGCAUCGAAUGCCAACACCACUAGCAGUAGCAGCAUGAACACAAGGAAUAGAGCCAGUGGUAGUUCAACCAAUGAACGGGCUCGUCCGUCUUCAGGUAUAAGUUCGUUUUUGAAUACCUUCGGAAUUAGACAAAAUAAUCAGGCAGCCUCUUCUUCUGCGGCUCCCGAUCAGCGUUUGUUUGGCACUACUCCAUCCAACUCCCACAUGAGUGUAGCCAUGGAAAGUAGUGAUAUGGCUCCACCACAGCAGGAACCGCGUCUACAUCAUCCUAUACAAAUGCCUCCAUCGGCCCAGUUUCACGUUCAUCGCAACUAUCAACUCCCCAUCUCCAUAUCUCUUACUGCCCCCACACUCACAGACCAACAUCAGCAUCAACACCAUCAACAACAAUCUUCGCAAAAUUUCGAGGGCAGUAACAUUGGCAACUUUCAAGAGCCCGUGAGUCAGCGGCAGCCCAACAAUACUAACAAUACCACAACCUCAAUUAUUUCUAUGACACCAGCGGCUACAACGAGAAAUAAUACAGGAUUCAUAGCCGCUGGUACAGAGGGAUCUACUGCCGUUAUUACCAAUAGUCAGGAAAUGUAUAAGAAUUUGCGUCACUUGAUAUAUGCUGCGAACCAGCCAAAUGGAACCGAAAUUUUGCAUUUAGAUUUACCUGCAACAAGUGCAGAGGACUCGAGCAAUGUGACCAAUGUAGACGAGGUUACUUUGAAGCAAAGAAAGGACAAACAUGGUCUUUUUAGUAUAAGACUAACCCCAUUUAUUGAUAGCUCAUCCACCACAAACCAAGGUUUAUUCUUUGAACCGAUUAUAAGAAAGGCUGGCCCUGGAUCUCAAUUGGUUAUUGGCCGCUAUACUGAGCGUGUUCGCGAUGCAAUUUCUAAGAUACCUGAACAAUACCAUCCGGUGGUAUUUAAAUCCAAAGUUGUGUCAAGAACACACGGUUGUUUUAAGGUGGACUCACAAGGUAACUGGUAUAUAAAGGAUGUGAAAUCCUCGAGUGGGACUUUUUUAAACCAUCAAAGGCUCUCCCCCGCUUCGUCUUUAUCAAAAGAUACCCUUCUUCAUGAUGGUGAUAUUUUACAGUUGGGAAUGGAUUUUAGAGGUGGUACGGAAGAAAUUUAUCGUUGUGUAAGGAUGAGGAUUGAGCUAAAUAGGUCAUGGAAGUUAAAGGCAAAUUCGUUCAACAAGGAAGCUUUACAACGCUUGCAGAACUUACAGAAAUUAACUACAGGUGUUGAGGAAGAAGAUUGUUCGAUUUGCCUGUGCAAGAUCAAACCGUGCCAAGCAAUUUUCAUAUCGCCAUGCGCACAUAGUUGGCACUUCCGUUGUGUGAGAAGAUUGGUCAUGCUCUCAUACCCGCAAUUUGUUUGCCCUAAUUGUAGAUCAAGUUGUGACUUGGAGGCUUCCUUUGAAAGUAGUGAUGAUGAAGAUGAAAGUGAUGUAGAAAGUGAAGGUGACCAACUGGUAGAUCAACUUAGCGUACUAAUGGAAACUUCAAAGGAUGUUGAUAACCAUCCUUAA